AUGGCCCAGAACGAGCGGCAGCGCGUCCGGGACUUAUCCCAAGCACCGAUCGAAAGUGGUGACCUUGUGUCUCCCAAGGUGCUCUUCGGCUUGUGCGGUCAAGGCCAGCUCUCGUGGCGGAAAGACUUGGCCCCCUGUCCUCUUGUGACAGGCUUGGACCCCAACACCCGCGUGUCCAUCGCAACUUUCAUUGGGUACUACCAGAUGUUGGGGGCCUCCAUCGAGCGUGAUCGAGACUUCGAGGAUUUGCUGCGGCAUCAUUGGGGCUUUGCCGAGGUCCCGCAGCUUUUGGACGACAUGCGUGGCAAGUUCGCGAUGGUGAGUGCCUUAUGCGUCGCAUGGAGGGGUCGCUGUCAGCAAUGCUGCGAGGUCGGGCUGGCAUACGCUUUUCGGAAGCACCUGGAGUAA